CAACAAAUUAAAUUGGUGUGGCCUAAGGCAGGAGUUGAAAGGUCACACAAAUAAAGACAUCAUGCUAAGUUUCUCAGACAGUGAGCCAAAAGUUGGCAAAGAUGUCCUUUUUCUGUUCAAUGGCAUCUUGCCAACAUUCAAUAAGGCAGAACAGGACUGUAAUCCUAGUCACAUACCAGAACUCAAUACUCUCUUUAUGUACAAAGCAAACAAAACACCAUUGUUGACCUCACUUUGUGUCGCUUGGGGGCUUUUUUUUUACAACGGGAACUACACUGAACUAUACUACUUAAAAUAUUAGAGAUCUUCCCACUAGACUGCUUCUUUUCUGUUUCCUAAUGGAUUGAACAAAGCACAACAAGUAGCAUGAGUGAAACCUACACCUGGGGGUCAUUUGUCAGUCAUGUGACUUGGCAAGCGGUCAACACUAGGAAGGACAAACAUACCUUUACCCUCUUAACGUCAACUUGAAGAGCUCUUGGAGACCAUUAACUUUCAUUUUCGCUGUGUGAUAUACAAUUCUAAUGGUAAUACCUACUUGUAAAAGAUUACUGGUCACAGAAGCUUGGACAUUUUGUGGUCUGCUUUCUGAGGGACAGAAAAACAACCUUCCAGUACAGAGCUGUGAUUAACACUAAUAACAGGUGAGGAACUGUGCCAAGACCAUGGCAGACAGCAGGAAGGGAGCACAGACAGCAGGGCUGAUCUUUGCUCUGGUUCUGAUCCCACUUCUGCUCUACGUGGCCAACAUUGUGACAGACUUGCUGCUGGCUGUACGGUACCUGCGGAGUGAAGACUACACCUGGUUUUCGCUAACCCUUGCGUUUGUCCUGGGGCCAUCGCUGAUCAUUCAGCUUGUUUCCCUGUUCUAUGAGUGGAAGACUAUACAACAAUAUCGACCUCUUCUAUGUAUCCUCCACGUGCUUCAGAUUGGGGUGUUCAUCCAGUACGGAGCUGUUUUUCUGAAUCUAUGGCUGGGACUGGGCGGUGGGGAAAGUGGUCGUGUCAGCCCUGGUUUACCCAUCAUUCACUUAACGGAGGCGGUGCUCCAGUCCAUGCCUCAGUUGAGUCUACAGUUCUACAUCACUGUCUGUGUGGGACUUUACAACACGACUACAUGUAUGGCUGAUGAGGACAGCGCCCAACCAAUGUCUACCAUCGUGCCCUUCAACCACAGCUCAACAGGUACUUUCAACAACACAGAACAGGUAUGGGAGACCACUAGAAUGUAUGAAGAUGAUGAAGACAGGAGUGAGCCAGAGUUACUAUUUUUGUUGUUGACACCACUUAAAGUUGUGUCAAUGUCCGUGUCCCUUGUAGCUGCCGUCAAGGCCGUGGUGGCAUUUUUCUACGACAAGUGUCUGUCGAAGGAAAAUCUGAGCACGGCGAGACUCCUCGCAAGAAUCCUGCUUGUCACAGUUUGGAAACUCUGCGAGCUCUGUGUGCGUGCCUUCGUUGUUGGACUGUUUGCCUCCAUUGCAAAGUGGAUUGUGAUCGUGGUCUUGGCCGCCCAAUGGGUUAUCCUGACGAUAGCCGUCACUACCGUACGUGACGCGUGGUUUACCGUGAAUAUGCUGAUGUGUGGGCUUGCCGCAGCAGUGGACACGUUCAGCAUGACCUGGUCCAUCUUCUACCUAAAAACCUUCUGGUUGAACACAGUACUGACCCUACUGGGGAACAUUGCCAUGGCGUUGGGAUGGCACUUCAUGAAGGCUAAGGAAAAGUGGUAUGACACUGCUGCCCUUACGUUCGUAGUGAGUGCAUCAGUCCUGUCUGUUGUGUUGGGUAUUGCAGAGAUGAUACUUGAGAAACGACUUAAAUGCCAAUGUCAGGUCAAAAAAAGGGAGAUGCAGUAUGAAAUGAGGCAGUGAUAGUAACUGAUACAGCCAUACAAUUGUAUGUACAUGUACUGGGUCUUCUUUGUAAACAUUUUUAGAAACAGGACAAGAAGGAAAUAGAGAAAUACUGUGUAUUGAGGCCGUGAAACCACAUGUAUGUGCACCAAGGUACAGACUUUCUUCUCAAAGUGAGUGUUUUUAUGUAAAUUAAAUGUAAGGACAAAAUGAUACAUCUAUAGAUAAUUAAGGAAAGCUAAAAUGGCAAUUAACCUUGUGUUA